CAAACAUCAUCACCAGCACAAUGGACGCCAACGAGAACCAGCACGUUACCGAGAACCCCCAGGCUGCCGCCUCCAGCAACGACAACGCUCAGCAAGUCGGCACCCAGCAGGACGCCCUUGACAAGGGUGUCUCUGCCGCUUUCAAGCAGUUCGGCUACAACAACGCUGACAACAGCACCGUUGAGAAGGCCAGCGACGCUAUCCGAAGCGGGUUCAAGUCGUUCACCGGCAAGGACUUCCCUAUCGCCGACAAGGAGUAAGAGGAGGCUCAUAGAAGGAUAUACAAGGUUAUCCAGAGUCAUCUAGGGGGGGCGUGAGAAGACGACACAUGCAUAGCAU